AUGUCUUGGGCCGGAUUCAAGAAGAACGUCAACAGGGCUGCCACCCAGGUCAUGGUCAAGACCGGCCAUGUCGAGCAGACCCACGACCGCAGCUACGAAGUCGAGGAACGCCGCUACAGAGUCAUGGAAAACGCCGCUACUCGUCUCCAGAAGGAAUCAAAGGGCUACCUGGACAGCUUGCGCGCAAUGACUGCCUCGCAGAUGCGCAUUGCGGAGACAAUCGACGCUUUCUACGGAGACGCCGGCGCCAACGACGGUGUCUCCCGCAGUUACAAGCAGGCUGUUGAGGACUUGGAUGCUGAGACCAUCAAGGCUUUGGACGGUCCUUUCCGCUCUACUGUCCUUGACCCUAUCAAUCGCUUCUGUGCCUACUUCCCCGACAUCAACGAAUGUAUCAAGAAGCGCAACAACAAACUCCUCGACUACGACCGCGUCCGCGCCCAAGUCAAACGCCUCACCGAAAAGCCCGACAAGGACGUGACCAAACUGCCCCGCACAGAAAAGGAAGCAGAAAUGACACGCGCCGCCUACGACCAGCUCAACGAACAACUCUUCAACGACCUACCCCAGCUCAUCGAACUCCGCGUUCCCUAUCUCGAUCCUUCGUUCGAGGCCCUCGUCAAGAUCCAGUUGCGCUUCUGUGCAGAGGCUUACUCGAGAAUGGCUCAGGUGCAGCAGUACUUGGAUCCCGACACUAGAGAUCAGUAUGCCAAUGGCAAUCUGGAUGCGAGAGUUGAGCAGGUCUUGCAGGAGAUCCGUGAGUUGAGUAUUGCUGGCACUGUUUAG